UAUAUAGUAUUAACUUUUGUAUUCCAGAUGAAUUAAAUAAUAGUUUUGCUUGUAACUGUUUGUUGAACACUUCCUGUGUGAUUUUAUUUCAUUUCACGAUGGUUUUGAAGUUUAUUCUAGUCAUUAUGUCUUUAUCUGUUUAUGGUGGAGCAUUAGCUGGCACAGCUUCAUCAACUAUUACACCAAAGGGCCUGAAAGCAUCAGAAAAAGAGUCAUUGAGAUCUGUUAAGCUGCCACCUUGUGCCGCCUGCAGAAUGCUUACUGAUUCUUUCAAAAAGGGCCUUGAGAGAACAAGUCGAAGCAAAUUUGAAGGUGGAGAUGCUGCGUGGGAAGAAGAAAAGAUGGGAUCAUAUAAAACCUCUGAAGUUAGACUAGUUGAAAUCCAAGAACAUCUCUGCUCUGAAGUUGACCGAGCUCAAAAGCAGUGUGAGGGGCUUGCAGAAGACCAUGAGCGGCUACUAGAGGAAUGGUGGUUUGAAGGGCAAGCGGAGAGCUUGCAUGAUUGGCUGUGCAUUGGCAAACUGGCAGUUUGUUGUCCUAUCCAUCACUUUGGCCCUAACUGCCUACCCUGCACUGGGGGUGUGGAGAAACCAUGCUCAGGACAUGGCAAGUGCAAGGGCGAUGGCACUCGUAAAGGCAACGGCGAGUGUCUGUGUAAUGACGGCUACAAUUCUACAUUAUGCGAUGCCUGUGCUUCUGGCUUCUACGAGUCUUUCAGGGAUGAAAAGAACGUGCUAUGCUCCGCGUGUCAUAAAGCUUGUAAUGGCCCCUGCACGGCAGCGGGCCCCAAGUCCUGCGUUGCCUGUAAGGAAGGUUGGCGUAUGGAGACAGAGCGCGGUUGCAUUGAUGUUGACGAAUGUUUGGUCAAGCCCAGCCCGUGUGCUGGUAACACAUUCUGCGUUAACAACGAGGGUUCCUUUUCUUGUUUAGCGUGCGACAAGGCGUGCCAGGGAUGCGACGGCGACGGCCCUGACAUGUGCGACAAAUGUGCCGAGGGCUACACGCUGGAUGAGGAGAGAGCCAUGUGUGUCGACAACAGCAACGCGGCCCGGGAGCGCAACCUACAGAUGGCACGCUACAUCACGUACGCGGGACUCACCGUGGCGACGUGCAUCAUCCUACAGCGCCACACCAUUCUGGCCGCCAUCGUGGGUCUCAGUGUUGCCGUCUACAUCACAGGGUCGGAGUAUUACCUCUCCUACAUCCACCAACCCGACGACCCUGCCGUCCAAAUGCCAGUCACCAUGAGCUCCAACUACGCUGUGGAUGACUGAUGUUCAUGCGCAUGUCGAUACAAGUCAUUCCAUGGAUAUUUUAUUCCAUGCGCCUCAAAGUUCGAAUUGUGAAAUUAUUUUUAUUCGCAAUACAUGUCCCGAUUCUCAUUCAAUAUUUUAAGUAUUUCAUUUUCUAAUACGGUUAUUUCAAUGUGCUACAUUGUGUUUAUUUUUAUCAACGCAAAAUGGUCGAUAUUGUCGCUAGCCAUCAGGGGCCAUUUUCGCCGAGCUCACACAGUUUUCGUACCGAAUAUUAUAAACGUUGACAUGAAAACCUUUACUUUUGACGAAUUCAUUUUAGGGGCAUUUGUCGAUGUGUUGCAACGCAUUCAAAGACUACGGUUGUGAAGAGAUCAACAAUGGAUUGAAUUUUUUCAUUUAUCAAUUUAAUUUUUUAUUCUAAAAGACACUGAGCUUGAAUUUAUGUUAAAACGACGACCAACAGUUUUUGUUACUGGGAGUAACGUGCGCCGUGUUUAGCUUACCUCGCUUCUCUAUAAGUACUGUGUUUAUAUUUGCAGGAUUUUUCUAAAAUUGUUUCUUCUCAACUUAACUUUGAAAAUGGGUGUUACGAUAAUGCCUUCACAGAUGUUCAGUUCACAAAUUCCAUUCUACCCUUAGUUUGAGAAUGACAAAAUUUCCAGAAAAAAUUGGGCAAGGUGAUGGAUUUCUUAACAUGCGGUCUGUUAGUAUUUUAAUUCAAUUAGGUUUUCUUCUUUUCCUACUUAAUUUUAACAUGAUAGCUCAAUCCAGAGAAUUUUUCAGACCAACUCGUGUCGAGGUAUCUUACGUUCUAAACGGAUUUGUUAAGUUUUGGGCUGCAUUUUUCUGCAGUGAAAGUGAAAGGUCGUGUUCACUUGGCAGCUCUAAUGGCAUGUUGGUGAUCUAGUCGUUAUUUAUAAGAUUCUCAAUAGUGUAACUUAUUAUUACGGUGUUUCACGUCGCAACAUUUAUAAUUAUGGUAGAUAGAAUCAUGUUUUUUUGCCGUUAAACUUUUUGCUUCAUUCGCACAUUUUUCGUUUGUUAUCAGUUCUAUGAAUCUUACUUACCUCUUAUCAGCUUACUCAUAAGUAUAUGAGUAAGCUGAUUUAUAUUCCUCUUUACAAGAUGUUUUAAAGUCACCGCAGUGAAUGUUUUCUAUUGACGUCUAUUAUUAAGCAUAGUGUCGCUAUUUUGUGGUCAUCAUUUCAUCUUGCAGUAAAACUGUGCAAACACAU